UUGUUGCAUCCAAUUAUUACUGUUUGCUCCCUGAAUUUGUGCCCAGCUGGGCGUGGGAUGUGCCAGGCCAUUGUGGUUUGAGGGCUUAGGGACAAAGGGGAAUGUGCUACAUGAGCUAGAGGGUAGGAGCAAACAUGGGCUUUCCAUAGUUUCUGCCCUAUGGGAAAGGUGGGUUCCUACCUUCCAGAAGCAGCCUGGCGAAAAGGGCCAUGGAGAGUGGCCUGAGCAAGGUUUUGGGCAAUCAGUGACAAAGUUGCUCAAAACAAGAGGCCUGGGUGCCCACAUAGGAAAUUGAAGUGGCUUGAAGGGUGAGGACAGACUGUGUUCCAAUUAGAAAAGGCCUUUUGAAGAGGAAGUUGUAAAGAAUAGCAAGAGGGGUCAUCAGAGGCUGCUUCCUUGGAUCCUGUUGGAAAAACAUCUUCCAAAGUGUUUGAGCCUGGAAAUACAAUUAUCAGGGUGGAAAUAGACCAUUGUGUGUGGUUCAAGGAUACUGAGUUUGAAUAGCACCAUAACUGAAAUACAGAGUUCUGAGCAUGUCCUUUAAGCCUGGAUGGGCACGGGCUGGUGCUGUGAUCAUCAGAGGAUUAUACCUCGACAUAAAGAAUGCAGAAGCUUUGAAAUGGAACGGGAAAGGAAAGCAGUGGGGGAAGGGAGGUUGCAGAGGUUGCUGGAGCUUUGUUGCUUUGGUGAAAAUCAGGAGGCAGGCUAGCCUACAUUCUGGAUAUAAAUGUCUUCAGAAUUAGGGCAUCCAUUGCCACCAGUGCUUGCUGAUGGGGAUGGAACUGGAGCCCCUUAUUCCUCGCCUCCCUGGACCUCAGGCCUCUCUACCAGCCUCUCUUUACAAAGAGGGAGAUUCCCCUGCCCCAGGGUAUUGUUGAGAGCGCAGGGCCCUGUUACCCUACAAAACUUAGAAACUGACAACCUGGGAAAGCAGAUCAGAUUGGGAAUGGGGUUAGGUCCUUUUACAAUUGGAGUGAUUGGUGAUGGCGGGCUGGACAUAUGCCUCUAUGCCUUUGACCUCAGGGCUUCCUGGGUUGGUGUCUUGACAGUCAGCGAUAGGGGAGAAGGGUUUGAUAGCAGUUGGAAGAAGUAGCCGAUUCAGUAGGCUUCCUGAGUUCCUUUCUUAGCAGCAUGACUUAGUGGUUCUGUGACCCGCGGCAAAUUAUUGAACCUCCCUGAAGCUUCCCAUUUUCUUAUCUUCAAAAUGAUCAUUAUAACGUCUGUCUUAUGGGAUGGUCACUGAAAUAACGCAUGAGAAGCUCUUAGCACAGGGCCUGGCACACAAUAAGCACUCAGUAAGUCAUAGUCAUUAUUCCUCUUAGGCUAUUUAAGUCUUUCAGCCUGUUGUGAUCAGCGCAGGAGGAGGGCUAGGAUGUCCGGAUGGAACCAUGAAGGCCUCUGAGGACCUCAAUCCUGGGUUUGGAACCCAAAAAAGGCUCAUCUUUGGCACCCUGUACCCAGCCUACUCUUCCUACAAGGCCGUGAAGACAAAAAACGUGAAGGAAUAUGUGAAGUGGAUGAUGUACUGGAUCGUCUUUGCCUUCUUCACCACUGCCGAGACACUCACAGAUAUCGUGCUCUCCUGGUUCCCCUUCUACUUUGAGCUCAAGAUCGCCUUUGUGAUAUGGCUGCUGUCCCCUUAUACCAAAGGCUCCAGCGUGCUCUACCGCAAGUUCGUGCACCCAACCCUGUCCAACAAAGAGAAGGAGAUCGACGAGUACAUCACACAAGCCCGAGACAAGAGCUAUGAGACCAUGAUGAGGGUGGGCAAGAGGGGUCUGAAUCUGGCCGCCAAUGCCGCAGUCACGGCUGCUGCCAAGGGCCAGGGGGUGCUAUCAGAGAAGCUCCGAAGCUUCAGCAUGCAGGACUUGACUCUGAUCCGGGACGAGGACGCACUGCCCCUGCAGGGGCCCGACGGCCGCCUCAGAGCCAGCCCCGGCAGCCUCCUGGACACCAUUGAAGACCUGGGAGAUGACCCCACCCUCAGCGUAAGGUCAGGCACCAACCAGGCAGAUCCCCGGACAGAGAUCUCUGAGGAUGACACGGGAGACAAGGCCCCUAAGAGGAUCAAACCCAUCAAAAAAGUGCCCAAAGCCGAGCCACCGGCUUCCAAGACGCUGAAGACCCGGCCCAAGAAGAAGACCUCCGCAGGGGGUGACUCAGCUUGAGGCCCCAGCCCCCUCCCCGCAGGCUGCAGAAUCCCGGCUCCACACUGUGCCAGCAGCCCUCAGCCUCAGGCCCCGGGGCCUCUCAGAUGGCUGUUUCCGGUGCCUCCCAGUGGCCAUUCCCCUGGAAGGGCUUGGGAAAGAGAAGGGAGGCCCUGCUGUGGGGGGCCGAGGGUAGAGGCUGGACCCAGGAACUGAGGAUGGAGCCACUCGAGGAGGUGUGGGCCCCUCAGAGCCCAAAUGCUACUCUCCCCGCUCCAGCCCUGACCCCGCCCACCCAGUGCCUUGCUGAAGACCAUGGCCAUCCCCUUGUCCUAACAUGUGGCCCCACUGCUCUCCCUGAGUCAGGGUCGGCAACCAGUCACAGCCCAGAUUGACUGGAGCCUGAAGGCCCAGCAGAGGAGGGAGUGGGGAGGCCUCGGAGAACCUGGGUUCUGGGCCUGCAGGUGUGAAUGGAGGACAGGGGCUCAGUGUGUGUUUAAGUGACCAGGAGCCAGGCCAGAGCUGCAGCUGGGGGUGUUGGGUAGGGCUGUGAGCUACCUGUGCCCACUGAAAGGUGGGGCUCCAGGGGUGUGCGUGUGUGAAAGAGACAAUGUGUGUGUGUGUGUGAGAGUAUGUAUCUUUCUGGGUCUAGAGCUGGGGGCUUUUGAAUAAAGGACUUUCCCUCCAGCAGUAACCUCCCCCCACCCAACCCAGCUGCCCUUUCCCCCCUCGGCCCUCCCGCCUACUCUCUGAGCCUCAGAGGACCCCAGCCCAUGAGAGAGUAGGGCUCCAAGGGGCCUCUCGCCCGCUGCUGUGCCCUUGAUCCGCUCCUCUCUUGCCUCCUCCCGUUCCUGCCCCAGGACGGGGCUCCACCGCUCUGGGCCCUCAGUGAGGCCCCUGCUGAGCCGAUUCCUUUCCUCCUCUCCUGGGGGCCCAUCUUCCUUCCCCCUAAGGCCCUCUUCCUGUGCCAAGCAGGCUAGGCCCCCUGUAAGCAGACCCCUGUCAGAGCCCAGCCUUUGCCCCACACUUUGCCCCAGCGUCUGCCGUGGCUUCCUUCCGUCAGGGCUCGGAGGAGCGUGUGAAGAAGAAAAAGGUAUUAGGAGCCAGGGGGCUCCAGAUCCAUGGGAAGAGGGUGCCCAAUGGACCUUUGGCACUGGAUGAGCCAAUAAACCAAAUUCUGGCACCUC